GUGUCUGGUUACGAGAGAGGCUUUGGGAAUUCCCCAGGAAAACACCUACGCAGACACACGGCCUUUUCUGGACAAACUGGGCAACAGUAAGCCGCUCACAAGGUGAGCAAUCUGUAGUUUUAUAAUGCUCCGGACAUGGAGGGAAUCUGAGGCUCGUGCGACAGCGCUUGCCGCUGUUGUUUGGGAAUUUGUCCAGAAAGAGCUCAUCUUGUUCCCCUAAAAACAAUCCAUCUGGAUAGAAGCGAAAACGGCGCAAGCAGAUAGCUGUUGGUCAAGAAAAGCAGUUUCUCUUAUUACAGCUGACACCAUUUAAACGGAUGAUUCAUAUAUAAAUGGAGGGGACGCAAGAUAUUCACGGUGAAUCCCGAAGACAGAAUGCACGGCCUGGACCGAGCUACACUAUGGAAAAACGGGGCGCCGUGGACGCUGUCCCGGAGGACUGGUGUGACAGCGGGCUAGACUCCUUAAGCGGGGUCGGACUCGGUUUUGAGGGUUCCUACGGCACUUACACAGAGGCCGAGCAGAUGUGGGCACCUGAUCGAUCUAUGUCUGACAUACCUGACAUCCCACCUUCGGACGAGUCCGACAACAGGGGCACCAUGGACUGCGUGUCGAUUGGCGGCGGAGAGAGGCUCGAUUCUGCCAUCGGGGACUCGAUUAAUGAGGAUGCGGUGGUGGGGUGUCUCUCCGACGGGAUCGGCACCAUGAUCCUAAGCGAGCCCGCAGGAACAGACAGACUGGCGGUCUCGGACACUGAGGAGGGUCGGCAGCGGAGAGAAGAACUCUUCAACACGCUCAACUUUCUGUCAGAGGACGGUGACACGGUACUUCAUUUGGCGCUGAUUCAUGAGCAGUGGGGUGUUGUUCAGUGCCUGCUUGAAGAAAUUGUGGUGGACAAGACCUGGACUCCUUACCUGCACAUCCAAAAUGACCUGGGGCAGACCGCUCUACAUUUAGCAGUCAUAGUAGACCGGAGCGAGUGUGUUCGGGCACUGUUGUGGAGUGGAGCCAGUGCAGAGAUCCAAGAGAGGGGCGGCAACACACCUUUACACCUGGCUGUCCGAGAGCUUCGCACAGAGUGUGUGAGAGAGCUCACCAGCUGCCCACGGACCCCACCGGAGCACCUCACCAUCACCAAUUAUUCAGGUGUGAGUGCACUGCACCUGGCUGUACAUAGGGGCAAUUGUGAUAUCAUCAAAAUGCUGCUGGAGGCAGGAGCAGAUGCCAAUCAACGAGAUUUGGGGUCAGGUCGGUCUCCAUUGCACUGGGCAGUGGAAGGUCAAAGGUCAGCGGUAGUGGAUUUGUUACUGAGCGCCGGCGCAUUGGUGAAUCAGCGCUCGUAUGCAGGCCACACCCCGUACUACUGUGCCCUUUACAGACCCAACAAAGAGGUGCAGGCCCUACUUAGUGCCCAUGGGGCCACAUACAUACAGGGCGAUGAUGAAGAGGAGGAGUACAGAGAGAGUGAAGAGGAGGAGUUUGAUGAUGUCAUCAUUAAUGGACAGCGAGUGCUGUAGCUGUAAAAAACAUGGACACUACUCUGCCAUUAGACCCUUUGAAAUCCAGCUGAACAAUUGUGUCAUCUGAGUGUAUUUGGUGGAGGCUAUUAUGUGUGUCUGUGUGUAUAUUUUGUUUUAAGGUACAGUAUGAUGUCAGUAUGCUGCUUCUGGUUCAAUGGAAUACAUAGCUAGAUUCUGUUAGUCAUGGAGGACCUUAGUUAUUUAAGCCUGACAUCACGCAAAGCCUUUUCAAAGCUAUAACAAUGGAGGCAGCUUUUUAUUUAGUAAAACCUCUCACUGGCUCAUCUUGUGUGUGGCCUAAAAUGGUAGUUUACCUAAAGAUGAAUAUUCUGCUAUCAUUUACUCAUCCUCAUGAUGUUUCAAACCUGUAUGAGUUUCUCUCUUCUGGGGAAGAUAGUUUGACAAA